AUGUCUGACGUACUUCCCCGUUUUUUUUUCAUUUUGUUUACCUUCGUCCUUUUUGCUUUCUUUUCUUCCGACUUGUUCUUUUUCAUUAAAUUUUUUCAUUCUAUAUUUCCAUUUUUUCCACACUUUCCUUGUUUCAUAAAAUUUACCUUUCGUUUUUACACUUUUUUUUUAUUUUUCGAUUUAUAUCGUUCCUUCUUUAUUUACUGCUUACACCUAUCAUUAUUUUUAUUUCCUCUUUUUCUUUCUUUUAUCUCCUUUUUCUUAUCAUUUGUUCUUUUUUUUUUACUUGUUCUUUUCUUCUCUCGUUCUACCUUUUUCUUUUUCUCACCACGUUUCUUGAAAUAUAUUCUUCUUUUUGUUUUUCUCUCUCUUUUCUUUCAUCUCUUUUGCUAUCGCUUAAAUUUCUUUUAUUACUUUUUCUCUCUCUUUUCUCAUUCUACCAUUGCUUCUUUCUCACCCUUCCUCGAUUCUUACAGAGGUGGGUAUUACUUUUGUUCUUUUCUUCCUCUUCUUCCAUUUCUGACUUGUCGAUUUAAUUCUUCAUCACCUCACCCAUUUUUCUCUCUUUCUUCUACUUAUUCAUUCCAUUCAUUUCUUUUUUUUAUGCUUUCUUCUCUUACUUCUCAUACAACUCUUUUUCGUUUUCUUCUAUUUUCCUUUCUUCCUUUUCAUCGUCUUUUUUCAACUGUUCUUCCCCAAAUCCUCUUAUUUUCUCAUUCUUUUUCUCCUUCUAUACUCUUUCUAAAUUCUAUUCUUUUUUCUUAUAUUUAUUUCGUUAUUUUUUCUUCUUUUUCUUGUGCUUCUUUGACAGUUCUUUCUUCCUUUUCCUCAGAAUAUAUUUUUCUAUUAAUUUCUUAUUCUCAUAAUUCUUUUUUUUUUUUUUCCAAAAUUUUGCUUUUCUUUUUUUCUUUCCAGAAUCUCUCUUUUUUUUUCCAUUUUUCCAAACUUUCUCUUUCUUCUUUUUCUAUGAUUUUUCUUUGUAUUCUUUCUUCCGUUUUUCUAGAAUUUCUCAUUCUUUUUCUUGAUUUUUACUUGUUACUCAUUCUUCUUUUGGUCCAGAAUUUAUUUCUUCCAUUUCUCCAAAAUAAUUUCUCUUUCGACUUCAUAUCCAAUUUUUUUUUCUUUCUUCUUAUUUCCAUAAUUUCCCGCUCUUCAUUUUUUUCCAAAAUUUAUCUUUCUUCCUUUUUGCCCCAAAUUUCUCUUUCUUCUUUUUUAGAAAAUGUCUUUUUCUUCCGUAUUUACCAGAUUUUCCCUUUCUUACGUUUUCCCCAAAAUUUCUCUUUACCUCCUCUUUUUAAGAAUUUCUAUGUUAUCUUUCUUUUCCUGUAUUCCUUACUCUUUUAA